GGUUGUUGCACUCGGCUCAAGCAUAUCCGAGAUAUAGGAGACACCUCCGGGACGUGUUGAAAGCGUUUCGGGCCUCGAUUCAAGAUGGCGAAAGCGGCAGGAGCUGUGUCUCGAAUGGGCAUGUCCCUUGUCACAAAGACAGGGAACUCAGCUAAGGGUCUUCAAGCCUAUGCCAUCCCACGCCUACAGACAUUCUGGAAGUAUGCCAAGGUUGAGUUGAAGCCCCCAUCAUUGGGCGAGAUGGGUCAGGUGCAGGAGGGAAUCAACAACAUUAUUGUGUCUGCACGCACAGGGAAGUGGAAGCAACUCACAGUUAGGCAAGCAGGUCUAAACACAUUAGUGGGUCUGGAGGUACUUAUGUGUUUCUACAUUGGCGAAAUCAUUGGCAAGAGAAACAUCGUCGGUUACUAUAUACCAGGUGCUGUCCACUAUGAGGGCUCUGUAUAGUGCAUCAUUGAGACUGUGUGUGUUGAUCGGACUGCUAGACAUCUGCCAUCAGGAUCCAAACUUUCGAUGUUCCAUCAGUUUGUAAUUAUUCAUGGAACCUUUUCUUAGGUGAAUUAAAAAUGAUAAAAUCUA